AUGUUUCUUUACGCAGCGUUUGCAGCGUUUCUCUUGGUGCACUCCACUUACGCCGAUGCCGGUGUCCAAGAACAGGUGGCCGUCGAUACCGACGAGGGCGUGCUGGUGUUAACCAAAGAUAAUUUCGACCAUAUAGUCUCGUCGUCCGAAUACUUGCUCGUCAAAUUUUGUAAGUAAUCGUACCGCGUUGUCAUGUUCACUACCAUAGAACGAUAACAUUUUGAAGGUUAGAAAUUUUCCCGUUGCCCUCCCACCAUUCCCCUGCAUCUUUUGAGCACUGAACCAUCACUAACAAAUGGUCGUUAAAGGGGAGCUCAUUGAAUUGAUAUUGGAUUAUAGACAAUUGGAUGUUUUCGGUUAAAAUAGCCUAUAUUAAGUAGUAGGUACUUGUGUUUAUUUAUAAGUUGAAAUACGGGUAAUUAAUUAAAAUGUUCUAUAAUUUGAAGGAAAAAAUAUAGUUAAUAUUAAUAAUAUAAUAGGUAUCUAGUAUAAACAAUUAAGGAAGAAAAGGCAAGUCUUCUGUUUUACACUUAAUUGUAUGUAAUAGUUUAUUAAAUUAUUGUUUUGUAAUUUAAUAAAUACUUAUAGGUACCUAGUUUUAAUUUUUUUUUAUUUUUCAAACGUAGGUACAUUAAAAUAAUAUUGCACUGUAUUGGUUAUAUUAAUUUUGAUAACAAUUUUAAUUUUAAUAUAUUUUAAAGUCUGUUAAAUUAGCUAAAAUAUUGGUUUAACAAUGUUGAUAAAAAUAAAUAAUAUUAAUAAACAAUAAUUUAAUUUUUUUAAUAUAAAUAAUAAGGUUAAUAAUUAGUAAUGGUUUUUUUUUUAUAAUGUGGGAAUCAUAUUUGUGAAUAUUUUUUUUUAAUAUAAAUCAUUGAUACACAAUUGAUCGUAAUAUAAUUUAUAAAAUACAAACUAAACAUUUUAGUUAAAACUAAGUUGAAUAAAAAAAUAAAUGUUCAGUAUGCAAGUAAAUAAAAAGUAUUUGUGUUUUAUGAACUAGAAAAAUAUUGUUAAAACAUAGGUUGGAAAGGUAGAAUACAUAAAACAAUUUAAUUUUUAUCUUGAUGCAAUGUUAAAGCAUUGCUAAGAAAAAUGAUUCUGCUCACAGAACUUCUAUAAGUUCAGUCAAAAAUGUUAAGAUAAAAUUAAAUUGAAAAUUUAUUAAUUUGAAAUUACAAAAUCAAAAAUAAAUUUCAGAAAAUAAUCCUGAUUUUUACUAUUUUCUUUAAAAUUAAAAAUAACUAUCACCUCUUUUCCAUGAGGUGCAUUGCGCAAUGUAUAUAAUGACUCAUUGGCUCGUUUUUAAGUUGUUCUGAGGUCCACCAGGACCUCAAUUUGACCUUGGCUAAUUCUGUCUGUUGUACUUUAUUGUAUUUCUUACAUCAGGUUUGUACUAACUGUUCUCAUGGGUCGGUUACAAUAACUAUUUCAACAACUGUUUGUAUAAAAACGGUUUCCUGUUCUGCUUAAAUUCUGUUUACACUUUAGUUAAUAAUUAUUGUAGAGCAAGCAUAUUUAAAUUGGAGAAAUAUUAAUAUAUUUUCAGUGUUAAAAGGUUUAAAAAACUUGCCUAAAAUAAAUAUGUUUAAUACUAAACAAAAUACGACUACCUACCAUUGUAUUUGUCUAUUUCAUUGGUAAAGACAGCAUAUGUAAUACAAAUUAAAAGUCGGAUAUACUCUAUAGUUAUUGUUGUCAUGAUAAGUUAGGAGAAUUUAAAGAACAACUUUGUGUUGAUAAAUCAUUGCUUUAAACAAAAAAUUAUUCUAACUGAAGUUAUGAUGACUAACAUGUUUUGAUUGAAUAUGUACAAUUUUUAAUUUAUUUUUUUUUUGUUGAUUGUCUUAACUUUUAAUUAUAAAAUAAAUUACAGUGUUCUUGCAUUUAACACGUAUAAGGUGAUCAAUCCUCAAUAAUACACUCCAUUAUCCAAAAAAGUAUUACAUUUUUAAGAAUUUUUUUUUUUAAAUUUAAGAAACAAGUACUUUUAGGCCCAGGUAAUGUUACAUUACUGUGAUAUUUUUUAACCUAGUUUUUGGUUGUGGAUGGAACCACUUUUUAUUUCCAAAUAAGCUAUAUUUAUUAAAAAUUAUGUAAAUUGAUGAGAUAUAAAUAGUUUUAACUUAAAUACAGAAUGGAGUUAAAAUUUGUAAUUUCUGUCAAAUAUGUUAACUAGAUAUUCCAUUUUUUUUAAGUUGUGGGGAAAAUAAUGAAGCUAAUGCAUUUGAAUAAUUUUUAAUGCUUAGUUAUUUAGGUUUUUAAAUUGAUAAUAUUCAGAAAAUUAACCCAUUAACACUUGAUUUUUUUUAAUGAAACAAUAGUAUAAUCACUAGAUCCCGGAAUUAUAUGCAUUUAAAAAUUGUCGAAUAUGAUAAACUUGGUGUGAUAUAAAUCCUAGACAUUUAAAAUCACCAUUGAUAUGCAAACAUGUAAAUACAUAUAAUUCCGGGCUCUAAUAAUCACAAUAUAGUAAAUUCUCACUUUAUAUAGAAUAAUAAUGGGUUGAUUGAAAAUCCAUUGAACCAAUCUCCAAGUUUUUUACUAAAUUUUAUUAUGAAUUCAGCAUAUUAUUUUUUAUGUUGAAUCGUUUUAAAUUUCAUUAUUUUAAUAUUUUAGAUGCUCCAUGGUGUGGUCAUUGCAAACAAUUGGCACCAGAAUACGCAAACGCAGCUCAACAUUUGAGUGGAAAUGAAUUAUCUAUAAAGUUAGGCAAAGUAGAUGCUACUAUUGAAAGUGAUUUAGCUGAAAAGUUUGGUAUCCGUGGAUACCCAACUUUGAAGUUUUUCAAAAAUGGAAAACCAGUUGACUACACAGGUAUAAAUAAUAAUUAUUAUUAAUGCCACUCUCAUUAUUAAUAUUAUUUACAAAAGAUUUUUGUUGAUUUGUGUUUUCUAUAUUAUUAUUCUUUUUUUUUUCAACAGGUGGUCGUACUAAGGAUGAAAUUAUUCAGUGGGUAUUAAAAAAAUCUGGUCCUGCAGCAAAAGUUUUACAAUCAGCCGAAGAACUCAAAUCAUUCAUUGAAGGAAAACCUGUUUCUAUUGUUGGCUAUUUUAAAGAUUUAGAAUCAAAAGCUGCAAAAUUGUUUUCAGAAUUAGCUGACUCUGUUGAUGAUCAUCCAUUUGGUCUUGUUUCAGAUUAUUCUAAAUUUACUGAUUUAGAACACAAGGAUACAUUUGUUUUAUAUAAAGAUGUAUGUUUUAAAUUUGAUUUGAUUUUUUUUUUUUUACAGUUUUAUUCAAGUAUAUAUUUUGAUUUUAGUUUGAUGAAAAGAAAGUUCCAUUUGAUAAAGAAAUCUCAUCAAUUGAAGAUAUCAAGAAAUUUAUUUUUGUUCAUUCAUUACCUCCUGUAAUAGAAUUCAAUCAAGAAACCGCACAGAAAAUAUUCGGAGGUCAGAUCAAAAGUCAUUUAUUAUUGUUCUUAUCUAAAAAGGAAGGCCAUUUUGAGAAAUUCAUUGAUGAUAUCAAACCUGUAGCCAUUGACUUUAGAGGACAAGUAAAAUAUAUUUUUAAUUAAAAUCUGAUUACCCUAAAAAUUAACCUGGUUAAAUUUUUUUUUUUUAGAUUGUGUUUGUUACUAUCAAUGCAGAUGAAGAAGAACACCAAAGAAUUUUGGAAUUCUUUGGAAUGAAGAAAAAUGAAGUACCUAGCAUGAGGGCAAUUAAACUUGAAGAUGAUAUGACAAAGUUCAAACCAGAAUCUUCAGAGUUAACUGGUGAGAAUGUGAGACAAUUCGUAUCAGACUUUGUUGAAGGAAAAGUUAAGGUAUGAUAGUUACAAUUUAUUAUUUAGGAGUAUGGCUUAUAUAAUAAUAUUAUUAAAAUAUUAAAUUUUCUUCUAGCAACAUUUACUUUCUGAAGAAUUACCUGAAGAUUGGAACAAAACUCCAGUUUGGACUUUGACUGCCACAAACUUUGAUAGUGUAGCUUUAGAUACAACUAAAAAUGUACUUGUAGAAUUUUAUGCCCCGUGGUGUGGUCAUUGUAAACAGCUUGCACCGAUUUUUGAUAAGGUAUUUAAAUAUUAUAUUGUACACUGAUAAUAUAUUAAAUUAAUAUACAUAUAUAUUAAUCAGGUUGGAGAAUAUUUUGCCGAUAAAGAUGAUAUUGUAAUUGCAAAAAUGGAUGCUACAGUUAAUGAACUGGAACAUACCAAAAUUACCAGUUUCCCAACUCUGACAUACUAUCCAAAGGGAGAUGCAAAAGUAAGUUAAUUAUUUUAAUUAAAUAUUACUUAUAAGAUAUUACUAAUUAUAAAUAUUAUUUUUAAUUUUUAAAGUGUUUGUAUAAUUACGUAUUACAUUUAUGGUAUUAUUUUUUAUUUAUAUAGGCUAUUGAGUAUAACGGAGACAGAUCAUUUGAUGCAAUUGUUAAGUUUAUUGAAUCCGAUGGUCAAGUAGAAGCUGCUCCUGCCACAUCGGUAAAUCCAAUUCCUUUAAACUCAUAAUCAUUUAUAUCCUUAGAUAUAUUAUAUGUUAGAACUAGUCAUAUUAUACUUUUCAAUUGAAAUAGUUUUAAAUUUGUUAGAGGGUGGAAACGGGUAAUAUAAUACUAUACAGUGUGUACUUUUGUUGAAUUAAUAGUUCUAUAAUAUUAAUUUUCAAGAAAACAUUUUUUAAAAUAUUUUGAGAUAAUAAAUGUUAAUAUAUUUUUUUGUUCAUGUAUAGAAGGGAAAUAUUAAUGUGUGUAUAAAUAUUUUUUGCAGAGCGAAGAAGAGGAAGAAGACGAAGUAGAUCAGGAGGCUCAGAAGCCUAAGGACGAAUUGUAAAUAUUAACUGUAAAAAGAAUAUUUAUAUAUAUAUUUUUUCAUCUUGUGAAACUCAAAUUACACACAAAUUAAAAUAAUUGGUAAUUAAAUUAAUUACCAAACCUUAUACCCAAGUUGUUAUAUUAACAGAAUUUAAAUUCCUCAAAGUUCAUAUUAUUUUUGUUUCCAAAAAAAAAAAAUAUUUUGAUUUCAUUUUCAUAUUAUUUUAAACUUUCUUAAGACUGUCAUAGAUACUAAUUCCACUCCUUAAGAAAUGUAUGUCUAUGGUAUAAACAUAAAAAGUAUAUUGAUUAUAAUUAGUGUGAAUCAUUAUUUUAAGUUUAGUUAAAUAAUAUUAUUUAUUAAAUCACAAGUGAUGGAUUUUUCAACUCAUGUGUACUUUAAUUUAUAGAUCUUUUUAUUAAUUUUAUAUACUAAUAAUAACAUCGAUUUUCUGAAAUUAUUUUUAAUGGUUCAUUUUAGCCAUAGGUUGUACUUAUACUUUAUCACUAAUGAUCAUUUGUGUAUUUUUUUUUUUUACAUUUGUUUAUGUAUUGAAAUUUAAAACAUGGGUGUAUUUUAAUUUAUUAAUUAUAAUGUUUUAACAUCACAAAAAAUGCAUAUUUUUAUUUAAUUUGAUUUGUUAAAAUGUUAUCUUUUUGUAGUUAAUUUAAAAUAAAUGCUUUAUAAUUUGAUAUUACAUGUAUACACUAUUGGUUUUAUAAUAAUUUAGUUCUUAAAUAUUAUAUAUAUAAUCACGUUUUGGAAAAGCAUUACUGUGUACAUCAAAAGUAUCAAAUAGACUAGACACUAGACCUGCUAGGGUAUAAUUUUAAAAUGUUGAUAUUUGCUGUUUUUAACUUUUUGAGGUUGCUUCUUUAUAAGAUGUUUAAUGAACCUUUUGUUAUUGUAGUAUUCAAAGUUGUUACUAAUUAUUUUAAAAUAAUAAGUACUUGAUAAAUUUAUUAUAUUAAAAUUUCAAAUCAAAUUAAUAAGUUAAUAAUUAUAAUACAGUAACAUCAUAUAUGUAUGUUACGACACAAGAUGCAUACUGUAUAUUUUUACCUAUGAUGUACUUUGUUGCCUAGGCCUUUUUUUUAUAAGUGUCCUUUAUUUGAUGAAUUGGCACAAAACCUCCAUAAAGUAUUGUUAUGGUCUUUCCAUUUUAUAUAGAUCAUUUUUCAUUUGUUAAUUAAAUUGAGCUGAUGUCCAAACAAUGGCAUAAUUGAGGACCUAGAGAUCAGUAGUUUAAUUCACAAUAUUUUGUCUAGGAGUUUUAUUUUCAUAAAGGAUAUUGACCAAAGGCUCAAAAUUAAUGUAAUUGUCCAGUUAUAUUAUUGCUACGGAGAGUAUGAACCCCGCGUCAGGUGUAGGGGCACUAAAUUAGGACCUCAAUGUAGUGGAAGAUUCAGGGUCAAGUUUAUAAAGAUUUUUUUAAAAGAAAUGCUCUUCGAGAAAAACAAAAAAAUAACAUUUUUGGUGAGAAAAUUUACUUAUUUCCAAAAUGAAAUUUUCAUUGUUUAUGUUAAAUAGACAACAGUUGUUUAGCCCUGCUAAGUGCAAAAGAAGUCUAUUAUAAUUUAUAACCCUCCUAUGAUAGGUAAUAUGUAGACAAGUGUACUAUUAAAUGUUAUUAUGGUAUGUUAAUGAAUGCAUUCUGCACAUCUAUUAAUUGACAUUUGAGAAACAUGAAUCCCCCAGUACUUAUAAAAUAAAAUAUAAAAAUAAUUUUACCUCUAUAUAAAAUUACAAUAAUAAUUAUAUUACUCUAAUGGUUAGAUUGUAGGAAUAUUCUUAUUCCCAAUUUGUUUCUAGCUUAAAUAUUAUGUGCAUGUUAAUUGAUGUGAAUACAGAAAAUAUAUUAUAAGAAGUUGUGGUGGUUAUAGGAGGGAGGGGGCCCUCCACUGGUCCUGCCACUACCUCGAGGUUUUCGAUAAUUAAUGGAAAAAUAUAUAAUGAUAAUAAUUUUUCUGCGGACAUUCAAAAUGUCUGUUUUUACACCACUGGCCCAGAGGUGCAAUAAUUGUACUUUAGUACAUUAUACAAAGAUAAUACAAAUUAAAUUUGCAGUUCUUCCUCUCUUUCCUUGCUUCAACUUAAACUCAAAUUAAUUAAGACUGAAAUUGGAGGCCCUAGAAAAAAAAAAUCUUUGCAUAGGCCUUUUAUAUGCCAGGUCGACACUGCCUAUGUACCUAUACCUACCCCAAUAUGAAUAUUGAAAAUUGAUUGACCCAUGUGAUAAAUCUAAUUCUAGACAAAUCUGGUAAAUUAAAAAGUCUUUCAAUCACUAUGCUACAGAUAAACCAUAUAAAAGGGGGUCUGGAACUGGCAAUAAUUCUGGUAAAGGAAAUUAAAAUUUGACUCGAUGCGUUAAAUUAUUAUAAGCUAAACGAGGCAGUUAAAUUGAAUAAUAAUAAUGUCGAUGUUAACUAACUACGUUAAUCAACCGAAUAGUUUUAAUGGGUGUCAAUAGGUGAUUUCGUGCUUAGAUUAUUUUAAGUAGGUAGGUAUUAUUAUUUGGAAAAAAAAUGUAUGCAAAUUUGUUGGAUAACAAUUUAUACAUUAUAUAUCAUAUUAUUUUAUUUAUAUAUAUUUACCAUGAUAAAUUACUAACAUUAGAUUAAAAAUAUAUUUGAAAAAAAAAAAAAUGUUAAAUAAAGAGAUAAAUUAAUUAUUCACGUAAUACGACUAACUUACCUAUUGGCAUGUACCUAUAUUAUUACCUAUGAUAUACCUACACGUAUAAUUUACACACGUGUAGGUACCUACCUAGUGUACCAACUACCAAUACCCACCGAAAUGAAUAUUGUAAAUCAAUGCUAUAUUAUAAAUAUACAAUAUUACCUACGGAAUUAUAAUAGUGUCUAUAAUCGUGAGCAUUAUUAAAAUGGUGCACGCGCAUAUUAACCUGGAUGAUUGAUCCGGGUGAUAAACCUAAUUCUAGACUAAUUCGGUAAAUUACAAAGUCACUCAAAGUCAGUCGAUCACGUGCGCCACGGAUAAGCCACAAUAUAAAAGGGGGCCUGGAACGGGCCAUCAGUAGACGUAUCUCACCUAGAUUUAAACAAGUACCUACAUGCCGGACGUGACACCACUCGUUUUAUUAUAGAAUUCUAACAUAAUUUCCAGUUGCCUUAAAUUUGUCACGAAUAAACUAUAGUAAAAUCAUCUAUUCUUAAACUACUUACAAAACAAGUUUAUACUUAUUCAAUUGUCUCGUGCUAGUGAAAUCGACACGCGUGGAUAUUAUUUUGAAUUUAAUGACUUCUCUGCUAUUAUUGGUUAGCAAUUAUUUUUUUAAAUCAUUGACUGUGCAAAUUUGGUUUAACUCAUUCUCAUAGUUAAUGAGAUAGGAUUUAAUAAAUCACUCAAUUCAUUUUUAAUUGUCAUUUAUAAAAAAUAAAUCCAGUUUUGCAUAAGGUGGUAGUUGAAAAAGGAAUAAACUUUUUUGUAGAACCUAUCAAAGCUAGGUAUAUCACCUGUAUGCACCACGGUAGGUACCUCUUCUCAGCUAUUGCCUCCACAAACAUCCGAGAUGGAACAAUCCACCAAAGUCUUAUUUAGAUCUCUUUAUAAUUUUUGACAGAAUUGUCGACCUGACGCAAACUCAUUUGUCACCUAUUACGACAGGUGCCGUGGAAGCAGUGGCGAGCUGUGAUAUUGUAUAUUGGAUAAGCGCUAAAAUAUAAAACUUCAAACUAAAUCUUUUAAAAAAAAAAGGUAUUUUAUUGUUGAAAAUUACAAUUUAAAAUUGAUUAAUAGAUAAAAUCUGUUCGUCUUUUUUGUUUCGUAAAUAUAAUAUUAAUAUUAAAAAAAUAUUACAUAAUGAUAUUAAUACUUUAAUAUUUAAUGCACCCGUGUAAUAUAAUAAAAUAGUAGGUAUUUAUAAUCACAAUAUUCCGAUAUGCAACGGUAAAAUAUUGGAAAUACGUUUUUUUAAACUAUCGAUAAGCGCUCGACCCGGCGUUUCCAACCGACAUGUAAAAACAUGGAUAUAUCUUUUUACCGCAACCGGUCGUUCCCAUAAUAAUCAUAUCGGUACGAUCCGGACAACCUAAAAUACGAGCGCUUCUGUAAAAAAAAUUGCCUAUAUGAAAAAAAAAUUAAUCUAAUUUCUAUCGAAAAACUUGAUAAAUUAUUUUGAAUAGAAUUAAUUAAUUAUUUAUUUUAUAUAUUUGAUAAAGAAUUAAUGAAUAGUUAGUAAUUUUAAUAUAUAAACCGUAUUGCCAUUUAACAUAAUACAUGUUUAACUUUUUCUUCUUUUUUGGCCGGGCAUGCGCCGCUUACCACCUAUAGCUUGCCCUGACGGCACGCCAUUUCGUGGGGGCUUUCUGAUCCUAUUCCUCAAGGAAAAUGGUAUUGCCAACUAUAAAGUGAAUUUUUCCACCCUACAGAAACAAUACAAAUUAUAGGCUACUAAAUAAUGCUAUAUUAUAAAAUACGUAUGUAUAAACAAAUAUAAUGUAUCGGCAGUGGCGCAACCAGGAUUUUUUGAAGGGGGAUGUUACGUGUCUACAUUUUAAAAAAAAAAAAAACACGUCUUUUAAUACAUUUUGUAUUACUUAAACAUAGAUGUAGAGGGGGUGUCUAGACGCCAAAAACACCCUCCUGGUUGCGCUCCUGUGUACUAAUGUAAUAGUUUUCGAGCGAAGGGUUUUGUUGUUGAGUCGGCAAACCGAUAGGUCUUAAAUCCCCUCCCCCUCUCCUACGAAUUGUUGUUCGGGGCGACCCUGCGCCACACACUGUACGCACACUGGGUGUGCGUGUCGCGCGUGUAAUAAGCUAAGGCGCGGCGGCGGCGGACGUGGGUAAUUAUUAUUACCGGGCGGAUAUAGUUUUCGAGCGUGGAGGAAGGAGAAAAAAAACCUUGGACCUCGGGCGUGUGACGAGAGGAGGUUGAUGGCACCGCGACACGUCCGCCGUCGACCCGUUCCCGAACAGGCCGCAGCGGCAACCGCCCGGCAGUUGACUAGCCGCUAGCCAAUGUUCACGUCACCGCAACCGACGUCGAGACGUUCGGUGUUCACAUUAGCGUCCUGUCCGCCGGCCGGAGACAACGCGUAUCUCCCCGCGCCCGCGUAUACCGACAUUGAUUGUUUGUUAUAGUCCGCCGUGACCGUGUGCGGCGCGCGCGUGUUUGCCAUUUUGAUAACGCCGAAUAAACUGAUAAAGUGAUAACGAGUAACGACUACUCGCAUUGUAAACAAAAUAAUAAACAAAUAAGUAAUAUUAUUAUCGGUACUACGCUCGGUGAUUUUUUUUUUUUUUGUCCGCACAUCUACGUGACAAAAUUAAGAUAUUUUGUCAUGUAUCAUUAUUAUUAGACCGUUGGCCGGCCGGCUGUCUGUGGCCCCACGAAAAUGUGACCGGGCAACCGUCGUGGAAUUAUGUCCAGGAAUACCAAACGAUGGCUGUUACAGUUGCAGAUACUCCUCGCCUUGUUUGCGCUCGCUUCGUUUGUGUUCUACCAACAGGUCGGACUCACCAGCACCAACGUACUGGUUCCUGGCCAGCAACAGGUCAGUUUUACUUGUUCUAUGGCUGUCCAGAAGUACUCAACAAUUGCAAUUUUGAUUGUUUUUUUAAAAAAAAAAUGUUUUUUCUUUUUUGGUAGUUGCCAAAAGGAGUAACAAACUCAACAGAUUAUUUGUUGUCUAAUGAAAAAGUAUUACAAAACAUCUUGCCUGUUGACAACGAUCUAUUAGCCAAUGUAUUUAUCACUGUAAAAACUACCGGCAGAAAUCACCUCAUCAGAUUGCCAGUCAUUAUAAAAACUUGGUUUCAGUUAGCUAAAAAACAGGUAUUAUUUGAAUAUAUUUAUAUUGUAUUUGAUGAUUUUUUUUUUAAGAGUAAUUUACCCAAAUCAAUAUUAAAUGAGCGCUUAUUGUCUUCUUUUUUUUUUAGUUUUAUUGAAUAAUCUAACCUAGUGAGAAUAGUUGAACAAUUUUCUUUAAAAUAAAAUUACUAAAACGGAAAAAUAAACUAAGUAAUUUUAUAUUUUUAGUAUGUACUACUCGGAUUCCAUUUAGGAAGUUGCUAGAUAUGUUAAAUAUAAAAUACAAUUUCUUUAAUUGAGAUAGAAAUAUUAUUUAUAAGUGAAUAAUAAUAAUAACGAAAACCAGAGUCAAUAAGAUAUUUAAUUAUACCUAAACCAUUAAAUACUUAUUUUUAGUUACUCAUAUUAUGACAUUUUAUACUAUGUAAAACAAUUUUAAUACCAGCUUACAAUUUUACACUAUUGUAUAUGUAUGCACGCAUGCAGUGACGACGCUAGGGCUGUUUGAAUCAUGUAUGUGUGUGUGUAUAUAUGUAGGUAGGUAUACAUGUAUGUUAUGAUUUAUUAGUUUUUAGUAUUAUAUUGUGUUUUUUAUUCAUAUAUUUAUUUAUUUAUAUUGUGUAGUAUUUCACAAUACUUAAAUAAUAUUAGAUUUACAUACACAAACAAUUUGAACACAUAUCUGACUAUAUUAAAUAACUGAAAAUUGUGUAAGGUUUUACUUCUAAGAUAGUAAUUAUUUAUAAUAAUUAAUUAAUUUUUAAUACUUUACUAAUAUCCUGCUUUUAUUGUUUUAAAAAAAAUAUAAACUCCAGUAAAUUUAGUUUUGCCACAAAUCAUAAGUGGAGGUUAAGAUCUUAGGGUGACCAUUCACACAGUUGUCCUCGACUUUUCUAGGGAAGUGAAGAAAAAUUAAUUUAAAAAAAAAAAAAAAAAAAGAGCUGAUACUGGGGACAGAUGCGGCCACUGUUGUAGGUGGAUAAUAGGGAAAUUAGAAUACAUAAAGUUAUUUAAUUUAUACUAGUAACCAACGAUAAACCAUUGAUAAUGAAAAACGAUUUGGAGCAGUUAUAUAUUACAUAUUUUUAGAAGCCAUAAUAUUUAUGACUGUCUCAUCAAAAUUUGAUUUUAAAUAGCGUAUAAAAAAAAAAACUACAUUUAACUACAUUUUUUUUAACCACAAAUUAUGACAUAAUGAACUUCCAAUUAAGUUUUUAAUUAUUUUCGUUAAGUCCAAUAAUUUAUCUUCAGAGUAAUUAUAUUAAAUACAAAUUAUGUAAAAACUCACAAAAUUAAAAUGUAUAAAUAGUUCAACAGUUUCUUAAAUAUUCCUUCUGAAAAUUUUACCACGUCUAGAAAAAGUAAAUAUAAGUUUAACAUUUUAAGUCUCUACAAAUAUUUUAAACUGAAUUACAUUAAAAAAAUACAAUUUGAAAACUUUUAGAAUUAUUUUUUCAAAUUUUCCAGCAAUUUGUAUGUAUUUUUCGGUUUUGCUCAAUUAUUUAAAAAAACUACAAAGAAAAUCAAAAAACAACUUUCUUUGCCACAAUUAGAUUAAAAAUUCAACAAAAAUGGGCUCUUGUCAUUUUUCUAUUGGAACAUAUUUCUGGUAGACAAAAUUGUAAACAAAAAUUAAAAACAAUGAAAACGACAUCGCCUCAGCUCACUGUAAUUAUGACCUAUAUUUUUUAUUAGGGCUUUUCUCGAUUAUUUCGAAAACUACUUUUAAAAUCGAAAAAUGACCUUCGUAAUGCAUAAACGAGAGAAAAUUACAUUUCAGAAAAGGUGCUACAGUUCAUACUUCGGAGCAAGUUUUCUGGAAGAAAAGUUGUUCAUAGACAGAAAAAUAAAUACACACAUCUUAGUAAAACCAAUAGAUCCUUCCCUACGCUCCGAAUAAAUUGCGAAUUUUAGUCAUCCACUCAUUUUCAUACGUUUCGCACGAAAUUAUAAAUCUAUGGAUUGCAAUUGCCCCGAAUUGUUCUCUGAGACGUUCUUGGCUAGCCUUUAAUAAUUUGAAAGAAAAGUAAGAGGAAAGAAGCAGAUUUAUAUAAAUAAUUAAAUAAUCGUUAAUGCACGAGUAUAUUUACCGUACCAACUACCGGCUGUUGUAUAUCUUUUUAUUUACUUUUACGUAAAAAACGUUAUAGUCCUAUUAUUUAAAGGGUUGUGUAUAGACAAUUAAAAUAUUCAGAUUAAAAAGUGUUUUUUUGUCAUUAUUACUAAAAUUAUUAGAAUUUUAACUGAAAAAUUGUUGGCUUUUAUAUAUUGUAUCAAAUCGAAAACGUAUCUCAGAGGGCUGAAACAAAAAACAAAUUCUAAAGAACGAAAUUCCUACGAAUUUAAAUAAGUUGUAUAGAAAAAAUUUCCAAUAUAAUUAUUUAUAUCACAAAUAACUGUUUGGCCUUAUUUUGUUUACUACUAUUACAGACAUGUAGAUUAUAUAGGUACAUAUUAUUAUGUAAUCAAUUAAAUUUAAGGACCAGUUUUUGACUGAACGUUUUUAAUGUAUAACGAAAUUUUUCUCCAAACACAACGUUAAACAAAAUACGAUUUGUAAAUUAAAUAAAAAAUGAAAUGAAGAAAAUUAAAUUAAAUCUGUUAAAAGACGUUCUCUAAACUACGAAUAGGUAGAUAUUAUAUUAACAAUAAACACUUACGGACCUGUCAUAAAACUUGUGUAGUUGUGUUUUAUCAGGUGUACCACCUACGUUAUAUUGUUUCAGUUAAUAUAGACAGUAAACUAAGUUAAAGAAGUUUCAUGAUUGAACUUUCAAGAUUCGUUAGGAAUGCCAGGUUAGACAAUGCCAGAAUAGUCAACGACAGAUUGAAAUCAACAAUUCAAUAACACGAAAAUGUCAAAAAUAAUUAUUAGUUGGUAUUUAAAAUGAUAUUAUCUGAUAUUUUAAAAUUUAUGUUUAAAGUUCAAAUUAUAAGUCAGCUUACAUAUUGUUUUCGUCGUUUUAUAGAGCAUACAAUUUUCAGGGAAUCAAAUUAGUGAAUUUCCAACCUCCCGCCUCCCCCCCCCAACCACAUAAUCCAUUUGUAUUCAAAUAUUUAUAAAACUGCUAUGUAAAACUAAAUAAUUGUAAAACUUGUUUCACUCAAAAAAACAUUUUCAGAUUUUUUUUAUUAUUUUCUAAUGUUUAAAAAAAGUUUAUAUUGUAUCGAUAUCAUUUUUCGUAAUCUACAUUGGCGCCUCGAUGUAAUUAUCAUUAAUGUUUGCUAAGUAUUGAGUAUACGACGGUAGUCCGAUAUUAUGAAUGCGAUAUUUUUUUGUAGGACUAUUGAGUUAAACGAUAAACUAUAAUAUUGCAUUUUACUGCGUUUUUCAAAAUGUAUAAAAUAUUUUUUUCUUUGCGAAUUAUUUUCAUUAGAGAUCUAUGAAUUGAAACAUGAGCCGAAUGAGAAAUCAUGCGCCUAACAGUGUAUUCGAUAUUUCGAUAACUGGCAGAUGCAGAUCCCUAAUAAUAAACAACAGUAAUAAAUUAAAUAUAUAUAUAUAUAUAUAUAUAUGUAUUUUAGUUUUGAAUUGUGCAUGUAUCUACUCUAAUAAAUUAUUACUAUGGUAAUGGUUAUGGUCAAAAUUUUUCACCGCACCUAUUACAACCGUUGAGCGUUAUUCAUAUAUUAUUGUUACAGACCGGUAAUAUAUGUUAUAAUCAUUUUUCGUUCACCUUAUAAAUUUCAAAAACUAAAUCUUAAUGUUCAAUUAAUCAACAUAAUAUUAUAAAUGUAUAAGCGUAUUGUCAUAAUAAUUUAACCAUAUCUAUUAUGUUUAAUGAAAUCAUCUUUCACAACGAUAUUUGAAACAUUAAUUUUAGAAACCAACAAAAUGUUUCCUAGAAAAUAUAAAAAAAAAAAAACCCGUUGAGAAUUAAGAAAAAUUUUUAAUUUAAUGUACUGCUUCGCAUGACAGGAAAUUCGCAUUUUUUAAAGUACGGUAUGAAAGUUUCGGAGCAUUUUUACUAACCGAAGAACCUUUUUCCGAAAAAAAAAAACACAUCCCAGUUAUACUAAGUAAUAGUUUCUUCGCUCCACUCAGAAUCUAAAUUCUUCAAUGGUUAAAUCAAAUUUAAAGAUAAUUAAAUAAAGUACUUAAGUCAUAUACAAUUAUUUAUUUAUAUUAUUUCUUAGAUUCUGUGUGUUGAGAAGAUGGUAUUUGAUUUACACUUUUCGGUUAAUAAAAAAACACAAUAAAUUACGUUAUACUGGUUUUUUGUGGAUUUCUGGGUUACCUUAAUUACUAAGAAAAAGCACUUAUAAUCUUAUUAAUUUAUCGAGCUUAGUUCACAAUCGUGAAAGUUUACGGCAUGAACGGUUUCAUUAUUGUUGAUUGUUUCUUUGUUGUAAUUCGGAUAAAAUAAUUGUAGAGACCUGAUAUUUUCUCAAAAUACUAAUCCUACCUAUUUUCUCAACUUCUCACCUACAAUAAUGACACACCCAUCAGCAGUAUCUGCUCUUUUUUAAAAAUUUCAAUGAUUUAUAUCCUUGUUUUCAGUUUAUAAACUAAAUUAUAUACCCUCUAUUUUACACCUUAACAAAAUUUCACUUAUACCGCUGAGCAGUGGCUGUUCAGAUUUUGUUAUUACUAUUUGUUUUUGUUAUACAGUGUGUAGCGUGGACUCAAUGUAAAAUGUAUUACAAAUAUUAAUGUUUGAUUAAAAUAGGUUUUUAAAGUGGAACUAGUAACUUAUUAGUGAUUAUAAAAUCAAGGUUAACUGGAUCAACUGUAUAUUAUAAUACACAAUUCAGGUCGAUACGUGUAAAUAUUUUCUUGAUUCUAUAUACUCGUAAUUAUAGUCUUUGAUGUAAUAAUACGGGUACCUACUAUAAUAGUUGUUUUUAACUUAUAAUAAGUUAUCGAUAUUUAUAUAUGUAUAUAUUUUUUUUUUUAUUUUGCAGACUUGGUUUUUUACAGACACUGAUGAUCAACAUUUAAGUCAAAUUACGGGUAAGUCACUAUUUACUAAUUUUAAAUUACGGUUAAAAUUUAUACAUGGUUGAAUAUAUUUUUUAUACAGAGUAAUGUAUCUAUAUUAUUUUUAUAUUAUUUUUUCAAACUAAAAGUAUUCUAAUGUUAAUAUCACGAAUAAACCUAAUAAAUAUGACUAAUGGUUUAUAAUAUUGAAUAAUGUUCCUAAAAUAGUCUUGAUUUGUUGAGUAGAAAAUGGUUUUAUAUAAAUAAAUUUACUGUUUUUUCUAUUCCUUUAUUUUAAAUUUUUACAAUUCAUGAAUAAACUAUGACCACGAAAUUCCGGAAUUAGAUACCUAAAGUUUAAUAUGACAUAUGUUAGGAUAUACAAUUUAGAUACAUGGUUAAAUAUAUAUUUUUUUUUAAACGUAUUUUCUAUUCAAAUAGACGAGGUACAUAAAGUAUAAAUAUUGGAUAUUAUAUUAUAAUUAGUUGUCCUAUGCUCGGCGUUACCCAUGCUAAUUUUUUGUUUUUUUUACCUUCAUUCACGUUUUGCUUUGCCCGUAUAAGAAAUAAGUAUAUUGAACGAAAAAAAAAUAGAUGAAAAGUGGGUCAAUGGCCCUCUUACUUUUCACUUACCCACCCAGUACAACUCAUAGUUUUUUGAUUUUUAUUUUCAUCUAUGUGAUCAAGUAUCCUAUUUUAAGUCAAUAAUAGACCGGCAGACAGUCAGAUAGACUCUUUAUUUUAAGUUGUUAUGACAUUUUUAUUUCUGUUUGUUAUUUAUUUUUUGUUUUAAAUUGUAUUUCAUUUCAUUCGUGUAACUAAAGUAACCCAUAAUUCAACAAAAAUAAUUUAAUUUUCAUAGCUAAGAUACCUAAGAACCUUUCAUCCCUCAUUUCAGAAUUUCUUAGUCCAUUCAUUGAAGACUAUUCUAUCAUUUAAGUUAAAUUAAAUCACACACAUUAUCAAAAUCGAUUAAACAGUUUCAAAGUGCAUCGUACGUAAACUCGUACGCGUAAUUUUUAUAUAUAAAGAUAUUCUGUUAAUAUUUUAAAAACCGAAAUUAAGUUUAAACAUUGUGUAGAAUUACGUAUUAUGUGAAGAAUUUGAACUUUAUAAUUUAUUUUAUAUACAUAAAUAUGAUUUGAGAGUCACUUGCUCCUUUUUACCUAGAUCUUUAAAAAAUUACUAGAGAUAGCAUUUUAUUACUUGGAGAUUCUAAGAUAUCUAUUUCUAUUUUAGAAGUAGAAAAAUUACAAGAAAACUUAUCGAAUCAAACCUAAUAAUAAACCUUAAAAUUAAUAAAAAUUAAUCUAUUCCAGUGUUAUCAAGUGAAUCUUUAGUAUUCGUUGUUUCUCUCUCUAACAAAUUGAGAAUUUAAAAUAUUUAUGAAUUUAAAUUAUAAAAAUAUUAUGUAUAACAAUAAGUGUGACAAGCGAUUUAAAAGGCUUAAAAAAAACCGCAAGAAUCGUAAAUAUUGGAGUUUUUUGAUAGAAGCUGCUAAAGGCCUGAAUGGCCUAAAAUAAAAAAUAAAAUUGUAAAUUAAAUACUUUCUAAAUUGUUGAUCGUUGUAAAAACAUAAAACAAAAAAAGGUUUUGCCAUGCAAAUCUUACAUUAGUAGAUUUAGGUAUGGAAACCAAAUUAAGUGUAAAUUAAUUUUUAUAUUGAUGAUUAGACAUCGGUGAUAGAUUGUUUCAAUAUGCGGUUCUACCAGUAACAAUUCUACCGAAAUUACACGUAUACGAGUAAAACUCAAUUAUUUAAUGUCUAGAAACCUCCAAACGACCUUUUUUUUUUUUAUUGGUAAUUUGGUCAUAAUCUGAUAAAUUACUCGUAUUAUUAACAGUAAUUGCACACGUAUUUUUAUUUUUAUUAGUUCCAUGUAAUGUAACCUCAAUUUUUCUGUACAAGUUAGGUUGGUUGGGUUAAAACAUUGGUACUAAAAUAUAUUUUAUACUCUUAUUAGAACCGCAGAUUUUAUUAUACCACUAAUUAUAUUCAGAUUAUAUGGCUUGAAUUAAUCACGGUAAUCGUGCAUAAGUAUUACUUUUUUUAUAUAAUUUAGAAACAUAUAAUUUAUUAAGUAUAUCAUUGAUUACGAUAAUACUAUACAUAGUUAUAUCGAAAUAGAAUUUUUAAGGUUUACACUUUUUAUUCGUAGGUUGUUUUAAAUAGUAGAUAUUACCAUAUAUCGAUUUCUUAAAGAUUAAUAUGUACGAUAAAAAAAUGUUAUUUUUUAUCUACAAGUAUUUAAAUAUCUUUUUUUCUUUUGGAAUAAUAGUAAAAUAUUGUUCAUAUUGCCGUCAUUGCGGAUUUGUAUUAAUGACUAUUAUAUACAAUAUAUUAUACAUAUUGUAUUUGUAUGCAUAACUUUUUUUUUAUUUUAAUCAAAAUCUCGAUUUCUAGAAAUUCUCUGUAAAAAUAAGAUAGGUCAUAAUAAAUAAUAAAAACUUUUUUGGUGUGAUAUUAUUGAGAAUUUCAAUUUCACCGUAAUAAGAUUUACCGAAAUUUUAUGUUUUUUAAACAUUUAACGUUUAAAUUAUUAUCCACAAACAAGAAGCAUAAAUGAAAUAUUUUUGCGUUUGUAUUCUUAUAUAGUUGAUUGUCACAUAUACCUAGUUAUAAAGUAAAAACAGAUCGGAUCAAUAAGCCCAAGUACAGUGUUUAUAAUGUGUACCUACAAUAUAGAUUAUUGUAUGCAAAAUAUACAAGUUUUCAAAAUUAAUUAAAUGUCCAAAAAUAUGAUAAGAUUUUUAUAUUUGUUUGUUUUUAAUCUCUAGUCAUUAAUUUAAAAAUUAUGAGGAUUUUUUUUAGCUCGAACAAUGCUUUUUGUCUUUAAACAAUAUGAAUUCAACAAUGACGUUUUUUUGUUUGAGUAGGCUAAUGUACACAUGGAAAAUAAUUAUGCGCAGAGGAUCAUUGUUCGGGAAAAUUAUUUGCUUAAUAUUCUAUUCAAUCUUCAAACUAUUAAACAUUUCAUAAAAUAAAAACAGGUAAAAAUAAGACACUCGAUUUUCUUCGGACAUUUUUUUUUAACGUUUGUAAAAUAAUAUAAUAUAAUAUAUAUUAUCUAUUCGCUGAAAAACGUAUACAAUUAUAUUAUAUGCGGCGAUUCUUAGUAGAGCUCGGGUAAAUAUGUUUAUGGUAAAUUUAAAUUCAAACAUUUUAUUAAUUUGCAACUACUACGGACACACUUAGCACAAUGGGCGGGACAUUGUUGUAGGUGAAAUAUUGGGAAGGUAGAGGGGAAAUUUAAUGUAUGUCUACACGCAACUAUUAAUCAUUGCUAACGAAAAACGUUUUUGAGCGGAGUUCGGUUCUACAUAUUUGAAAGGCCGUAAUAUAUUUACGAUUUAAAAAUAAUAUAAAUUUCGUAAUUUUUCCCGUUUUGUCUACGUUUUUUCCCAGUUUUUCUCAUUUAUUAUGAAAACCUCUGGGAAAAUAAAUAAAUUAUCAUCCCAGGAAAGAUGCUACACUUGAAAAUCAGAGUAAAAUUUCUGGUAAAAAGUUGUUUACUGAAAAAAAAUAAAUAGACUUCGUUGUAAAACUAAUACAUUCCUCACUCCGCUCAGAAUCUAAAAUUAUUUCAUAAUAUUACAGUUUUUCGUGGUCUAUUCAAGUUUUGUACGAAUUUGAAUUCUGAACUUAAAAGGCCUAUAUAGAAAAAAUAUAAAAUUAUUUUUGUCAAGUUUUAAUAAAAUCAUGGUGAAAAUUUACGAUUUGUAUUGAUGUCUAUAAAACUCGCUGUUAUAUAUUACAUUUUAUUAUGAAAUAUAAUUGGAAAUGUUUUAUUAUUUUGUAUUUCUAGGUGGCCACGUCGUAAACACUAACUGUUCAGCCACCCAUAGUAGGUAAGUAACACACGAACGCAAUAUUAUUAAUAAUAAAUCGCUGUGGGAUAUCAAUAAAUAAUUGUUUUUAAAUUACAAUUUUUAUCGUUAUAAUAAUAUUAUAUUUGACACUAGAUUUAAUUUGAUUUCCAGACGCGCGCUGUGCUGUAAGAUGUCUGUUGAAUUGGACGUGUUUCUCGAAUCGAAAAAGAAGUCAGUAUAUAAUACGAAUAUAUUAAUUAACAAUAUUAUUAUUUCAAUAUGUCUUGUCGUAUUUGUUGUGGUAUGCCGUGUAAAAUUUAUGAAGUUGUAAAUAUAACUUGCAGGCUAAUUUUUAAAUUCUCAGCGGGACGUAAAGCUAUUAGUUGUUUUUUUUUUAGUCUUGGAGCGCAGAGAGGGAUCUAUUGGUUUUACUAUGUAUUUUUUUUCGUGUGUCUGUGACCAAUUUUUCUACUAGAAAUCUUGCUCUGAAAUAGUAAUUUUUCUGAAAGAAAAAAGCCCUAACGAUAAAUAUUUACGGCGCAUUACAGAGUUACCGAUUUCAUUAUUUGAAAUUUGUAUACACGAUGUUUUCUAUCAGAAAUAUUGUUCCAAUCGAAAAAUGACAAUAUAUCGAUUUUUUUCCUUUUAACUUAUGGCCACUGUUAUAGAAAGUUGUUUUUUGAUUUAUAAAGUAUUUUUCAUGAUAAUUAGGAAAAACUAAACAAAAUACGAAAAAUUCGAUUCGUUUUUUUGAAUUACGGCACAAUACGGUUUCAUUAUUUAAAAUGUAUGCAGAAUAUGUUUCUACUAUAAAUAUUGCUAAUAGAAAAACGACAAGAGACGUUUUUUGUUGCAUUUUUAAUUUAGAUCGUAAUUCGUUUUUUGAUUUUCCUGGUAGUUUUUGUAAUAAUUGAAAAAAAAUGAUAAAUUUACAACGCCAGCAUUCCUUUAUUUUAAAUUUGUAUGGCGUAUGUUGUCAGCAAUAUUUUUCAUAUUGCUUCAAUAGAAAAACAACAAGGCAUCUUUUUAGUCAAAUUUAUAAUAUAGUUAGUGACCAGGAAAGUCUUGUUUUUUGGUUUUCUUUGUAAUAGUUUGUUAAAUAAUUAAGCAAAAUCGAAAAAUAUGUAGAAAGUUUGGGGAAAUUUACGAAAAUAAUUUUUUUAUUAUUUUAAAUUUGAUUUUUUUUAAUAUAAUUCAGUUUAAAAUAUUCGUAGAGACUUGAAAUUAUGAUAGAAAACUUAUAUUUGCUAUUUCUAGACAUGGUAAAAUAUUCAAAAUAUUUGAACCAUUUUUGAACUAUUUAUAGACAUUUUGAUUUUGCAAGUUUUUUAUGCAAUUUUUAUUUGGUAAGUACUCUGUGCAUAAAAUUAUUAAAUUAACAGAAAUGCUUGAAAAUUUGACAGAAGAUUGAUUAUAAGUUGUACUUAGUGACCAAAAAGAAUUGAGUGUACUGUAGUAUUUUUUUUGUUUUUUAUAAGAGUUUUAAAAUAAAAUUUUGAUGAAAAUUGUAAAUAGUACGGCUUUUUAAAACAUGUAUAAACGGAAUUCGUUCCGAAUCGUUUUUUGUUAGUAAUGGUUUAUUGUUGAUUACAGGUAUAAAAUAAAUAACUUUAUAUCUCCCAUCUUCCCUACUAUCCACCUACAACAGUGGCCGAUACGGGUGCCGUCCCCAGUAUCAGCUCUUUAUUGUCUUGUGUAUCUCUUUUUGUGUAGUGUGGUGUAACUCAAUUUAAUAAAUAUUGAAUAGGUUAUUGAAAACGAAUGGCGCCAGUUAAAGGAUAUAAUUUUUCGGUUUUGUAAAUUUAAUACGAGAAAAGAGUACGAGUAGCACGGAUGUUAGAAUACUAAAUUUGAAUUUAAAUUUUCGAUACAUUAAAAAACAUCAUUCUUCGAGUAUGUAAUUAUUUUGCUUUUAUUCUUCAAAUAAUAUUACAUUCCUUUAUGAAUCUCCAUAUUUGGAUAUACUAGUGCCGAACAUAAAAAAUCAUGAUUACCGAUCCGGAUUAAAUCAAACGUUACAAUCAGUUUAAUUUGAAUUAUGAUUAUCAAUCCGGUUUAUGGGUAUCAAUUCGGAUAGUGAUGGGUAUUAAUUAGGAUUUUAAUAUAAAUAAUUUAUUCAAAUCAAAUAUCUGUUUAACUGUCCCAUGAUGUCUCGUUUGAUGGUAUCUACUAUCUAUUUUCUAUUCCUAGUACCUAGUCCAUUUUAGACAAAUGAACGGAUUGGCUCUAUGAUUCGGAUUGAUAGAUUGGAUCCGAAAUCCAAAAUCCUGAUUAUGUGAAAUUGUAAUCCGGAUUCCGAAUUGGUCAAAAUAUUGCUCAGCACUAGUAUAAUAUAUCUAUUUGUAAUUAUAUUAUGUUUAUAGUAACGAAUUUUGAAUAUAGUUGGUACUAAAAUUCUUUUUUAACAUUAUUUUAUUUGAAAAUCGAGUGUAAGACUUACGCAGUAUGUGCAUUUAUUCACUUGUCUGUAAUUUUUAGACUCUAUAUUAUGGAAUACGAGCUUAUGGUAUUUAAAAUGAUAGGUACUUAAUAUUUCAGAUAUUUUAAGGUAAUACCGUUUUACUCGUUACAUUUAAUUAGGUUGGUUGAUAGACGAAAAUACAAUUUACGUUUGUUGCUGCAGAGGUUUUCAGCUGGUCCUCAAACUUUUUGAUUAAUAAUCACACUUCUAAAUAUUGACAUUACUUUUGUUAAACAUAUACAUAAACCUACUGUGCUUUGCUUCUAUUAAUUUUUUUCUCUCGUUGAUUUCAGGUGGUUUUGUCACGUGGAUGAUGACAACUAUGUUAAUGUUCCUGCUUUGGACGAGUUAUUAAAAUUGUACAAUCCAAUUGGAGAUUGGUAUUUGGGACGAACCAGCACUCCGAACCCAUUACAAAUCCACACCAAAUCUCAAGUAAGUUUAAAUACAUUUUUUCGUAUUAAAAUAACUAUUUUGUUAGGGUCUACGAAGUAUCACCUAAAGUUGAUAAAUGUUUGAUACGUUUGUCAAAACCAAUAUACAGCAAGUCCUACAUUGCUAUUUUUGCACAAAACCCUAUUGAAAAAAAAAUUAAUAUUAACAGAAUUAUUAGCGUAAGGAUAACACUGUAGGACACCUUAAUGGUACGUCCAUCUAAAAACCGUUUCGUAUGGUCAUGUGAAACCUUGUAUUUAUAGAGGUUUUUUUCAUACUUUUUCAUAGUUUUUUUUAUACUUGUAGCUUUUUUAGAUAUCAGAUUUUAGUUUCCAUAUGAUUGAAUACCUUAUGUUUUCACGAGUAGGUACUCCUCUGAAAGAUAUGCAUAACUUAUUUUAAUACGUAAUAGAUAUAAAAUAAUUUUAUGUAUAAAUCUAGUUUAGUUACGCUACGUCUUUCAAACUUUAAUAAAAAAACUUUUGUAUAUUUCGAUUCUUUGAGUGGAGGCGUAAUCGGAACUUUUCCGUUGAACUUAGUUUUGCAAAAGUUCACGGGGUUUCUUUUUAAUUUACUAGUAGAUCUACACAAAUCCGCUGCCACUGCUCGUUUACAUUGUAUUUUAUAUUUUACUACAAUUAAUUAAAUUGCGGUUGCAGUUCGAUUGAAUAUGUUUUAAUUGUUAUCAAAAUAUUGUCGGUAAAAUAUUACGUAGUAUAUAAGAGGACCUAUUCUGAAAUCAAUCAAAACGUGUAUCCGAUUAAACCUAUAAUAAAAAAACAAAAGUUCAAAGUUGAUAUAUUGCCAAUUGGUUUUGAUUGAGUUUUUAAUCGAAAACGCUUUUUGAUUAGUCUAAGAAGUUUUAUCCAUUUUUUUUUUUUAUUAUUGCACGAUAAUAUCUGUGGAUCUACGUUUACAAAUAGGAGUUUAAAUCAUAUUAUGCAAACAUUUACCAUAGAUAUUUUGUAUUGAAAUCUGAAUUAAUAUUUACGGGGUAAGCGAAAGUGAGGAGAUCAAAAGUCCGAUUCUAUCACGAGGAUUAUUUAUUUGAUUAAUCUAAAACGUUCUAAUUAUAUGGUAGAAUAAUUUCAAAUUUUAUGGCGUAAAAAAGGCGACUGAAACAAAACGUGUGCGAAAUAGUGGACUAUCAAAACUAAAUAAUUCGUUCCUCAAAAACGUUAUCGAAAUAAUAUUACUAUAAUAAUAAUUUAUUCACUGUUUUCCGAUGCUGUCGCCGCUGGUGAUUUACUUUCUUUGGUUUCAGUAAUUUGGAAACUUUAAUUAAGUACACGGUUUUUUUUUUUUUUUUAAACUUUGUAGCAUUAUAUACAGAAGUGUAAGUGACAUGUUUUUCAUUAAAGUUUUUAAUAUUUUUAAUUAUUAUAAAUAUAAUAUUUACAUAAACAAAUCGAAUUCGUAUAAUAAUUCGGGUUAUUAUCGUAAGUAAAUAAAUAAUAAUUAUUUUGUUACCUAUUAUUUUGUCAUAAUACCUAAAUUAUAUACGUGUGUUUUUUUCCUAUACACAACAUCUUUUAAUACUUUUUGAAGGAGUAAAAAUGCUUAAAACAUUUAGUUCAGCACCUUAUUUUUAUAAUUGAACACAGAAUAUACUUUAAAUAAGUCGUUUUUCGAAGUUUUUAUUUCAAUACUACUUAAAAUCGUGACCAACUGAUAAAAUAGUAAGACCAAAAAAAAAACUAUACGAACGUCAACAUUUCAAUUUUGAACUCUACUCCGAAUAAUUUUCCCAGAUGUAAUGGUUUAUCGUUAUUUUCAAAAUUUUAAAACAGCCUUAUUAAACUUUUUAUACAGAUAUAUUUUUUUUUUAAAUAUAAAAACAAUAAUAUUCGGAAAUGAUAUAAUUAACAAUAUCGUUGUUAUCUAUCAUACUUAUUAUAUGUAUUCAAUUUUGUUUUAGAAAACCACAUUUUGGUUUGCUACCGGAGGUGCUGGAUUUUGUUUGAGUCGUGCGUUGGUGCUUAAAAUGGCUCCUAUAUCCGGGUGAGUAAAUUUUAAAAUAAAUAUUUUUAUUCUCUUAAUUAUUUCCGAUCUUCGUCGCGCAUUCUAAAUUAGAAUAUGUAAUAUGAUACUCAAAAUACACAACUAUAAAUAUAGAAGAAAAACCAUUUUAGUACGUGUCAUGAAACUUGAAUUUUUAUGUGCGCAUUAAUUAACCGAAUUCAAAUGAAAUAAGAAAGAAAAUAAAUAAUUACGAUAGUGCUUAUUAGCCUGAUAGGUACAGGAUAGGCACAGCUAUAGUCCAUACGAUUAUCGUGAUGUCGAAGGAAUAUUUCAAUUUAUCACAUUUUAAAACAACUUAAAAGUAUAAAAUCGACGAUGUUAUUAUACUUACACAGUUAGGAAAUUAUAAUAUUAUAUAAGAUACAUUUAUAUUUUGUUUGGAUCUUCGAUUCCCGCAGGACGGGAAACCAAUAAACGAUUUUAUCUCGUAAAAACGCUUGUAUGCUGAGGAUUAUAUGUAUACAUAUUUGUAUAAAUAUACUCGCGUAUCAUUGAUAUUAUAUACACGUGUGAACUGGAGAUAUUUUUCUGUUUCGGCGGCUCAUCUUUAUGCAUAUUCAAUAUAUCAGGUUUUUAACAGGUUCUAUCCGGGGUGAAUAACAUAUUUAUACACGACUGUGACGAUUUUUCAAUAUUAUAUACCUAUAUUUGUUUUUAAUUUGUAGAUAAUGUCGCUUCUUAUAACAGUUGAUCGAUAAAAAAAAAAAAUAUAUAUAUAUAUAUUUAUUUAAUUGGUAGAAUAAAAUGAAUUCGAUUUUUUUUUUAGUUUAAUAAUAUGUGGUCUCUACCAGUCAAAAUUAUACUAUCAACCCGUUUUUUUCUAAUUUUAAUUGUAUAAUAAAUUGGGAGUUCCGAAGCAGCUGCUUGUUGACGCCCCUCGCCCCUUCUGCUGCAGGUUUUUUUUUUUAUUCGUUCGUUAAUGAAGUCGCUGAAUUGACGAGUUAACCGGUUUAUCAUUUCAAGGCUCUCCGAAAAGGAGUUGUCCUGCGAUGUGUUUUUCGCACUAAUAAGCUCAAAUUCCAAUAGUAACGGAGUAGGUAUAUUUUUUUUUUAAAUUAAAAAAAAAAUAAAAAUAAAGAAUGAAAAGAAUAUUUCCCGCCAUUGUUAAAAGAACCGAAAUGGUUUUCUAUUGGUGUUUGUCGGGGAAUGUAAGGCGAUUGUGUAAUUGGAAGAUUUUAAUUGGUUAAAAUUCUUUAUGGGGAAAAAAUUCUUAUUUGAACUUGAUCCAAAUACGAAGUUAAUAGGAUGAAAAAAUGUAGUUCUUAUAAAUUAUAUAUUGUCAAUAAAAGAUUCAUCUUAUGGAUUUGGUUUAAGUAGAAUGCUCUACCAGUACUAUAUCAAUACAUUUAAAAUAGACUCGUCGAAUUUCAAUAAGUCUAUUGCAAUGUAUAUUUUGUAGUUAUAUCAUAAAAUAAUUGUAAAAAUGUUUAAGUAUUUAAUCCUAUAUUUGUUUGUUUGUUUUUUUUUAAAUUUUCUUUUUUGACGGACUAUUUAAAUUUUGUUUUGGUAGGAUGUUAAAUCGAAAACUUAACAAAAUUGUGUAAACUUACACCUCCUUAAUUACGUCAGGUUUAUUGAAAGUUUGGUAUAUAAUUUACCACAGAUGUUUGUCAAAAGUUUUAAAACUUACAGGUUAGUCUUGGACUUGUGUAUGACGUUCGGGGCGUUACAGUCAAAAGAUAAAUUGAUGGGAUACAAAAACUUUAUAAUUAUGUCAGGUUUAAUAAUAGGUAUAUUUCUAGUUUCUAAUUUUUAUAAAGGUACCUAUAUAUAAAGGUAUAAAGGUUUCUUCUUUGCAUUCUUUUAUUUUUUUCGUUAUUGAUUUUCGUUAAUAAAUUAAUAUUCUUUCAAAUUUAUAUUGUAUAAAGAUAGUAUAAUUAUGAGCUUAAUGAAGUUUUUUUGUUUUUAAUUUAAAAGUUAAAUAAAAAAAAAAAAUGGUAGCUUCAAUAUUCAGUUUUUAAAAAUACAAAAUUGAGUAAUUAAUAAUUAUAUUUAUUAUUAAUGUAUAAGAUAAUAUCAUUCAUAUAGUAUACAGGGUACUCAUUUAAGUGGUCCAUUUAAGUGGGUUCACUCAUUAUUUCGGAAAGUAAUAACUUUUUUCGGAAUUUGUUUUAUAUAACAACUAAGAAAAAAACAGCUCUACAAUUCUACUUUUAUGUUAUUUAUUGUCACUCUUAUUUUUGGGAAUAAAACCACCACUUUUGAUUUUCAAAUAGCAACCUAUAUUCAAAAUUUCAUAAAUAGAUGGAGUAUUAGUUAAAAUAAAUUUUUCUGUUAACCUAUUGACGAGAUGUUCUACUUUGAAGUUCGGGUAGAGAGAGAGUAAUAUAGUGCAUUAUUAAGAGUACGUUAUGUACCAGUAUGUGUCUCAGUCCAACUAACGAGCGAUAUAACAAAAUCUACCUUACGCAGACUGCGUACAACUCGUUUAAUUUUGGUUUUAGAGUAAAAGCCUGAGGGUAAGUCGAUGUGUUUAAAUGGUGUUUUUUAAUUCAUAUUUUGAAAUGUAAUGUAAUUUAAAAUCGAUGAAUUAGACUUUAUUUCUAAACUAUGUAUAUUGAACACAAUAUUCGGAAUAGUAUAAUUAUAAUAAUAGGAAAGACGAAUCGUCUUGCUCUCUGGAAUAUUGUUCUCUUUUAAUUUUAUUAUAAGUUGAUUUUACUCUAAACUCUAAAUUAAGCGAGUUCUACGCAGUCUGCCUGAGGUAGAUUUUGCUAUAUUCCUCGUUAGGUUAGAUUGAGGUAGCACAUGCGGGUAUAGUGUCGUCUUAGUACACAGCAUGCUGUGCCGCCACACAAAUGAUGCUCCACUACUGCCCCCUGACCCAAGCUUAAAAUCCGAACAUUUUGUCAACGGGUUGAAGAAAAUCAAUAAUUUUAACACUACAAUUUAUUUUAACUAAUACUUCAUGGAAUUUUGAAUAUAGGUUACCAUUUGAAAAUCAAAAGUAAUGGUUUUAUUGUUAAAAAUAAGGGUGACAACAAUUUUUCUUAAAUGUUCUACUAUAAAACAAAUUCCGAAAAAAGUUAAUACUUUCCAAGAUAAUGGGUGUACCCACUUAAAUGGAACACUCUGCAAAUAUAUUUUUUUAAAUUAAUCAUUUAUCAUGUUAAAGUUAUCAUCAUGUGUUAAAGUUUCAAUGAUUGUUUAUUCGACGUUAAUCUUAACGUCGUUACACCGUAUAAUAAUUAUUCACCGGAAGACACCGAAGAAAUAAAUAUAAUUUCGAUCUAAAAUGGUCGAGUAUAAAAUCAAAUAUGUCUUGUUCAUUAUCCAUCAUCAUGUGAUUAUAGAUUAUAUCAUAAGGACCACCCAUCAAUUGUGAUUAUUAUUCAUUAUAAUUAAUAGGAUUAUUAAUACAUUCGGCCGUUUAGAUUGAAAGUGUGUAAUGUACGUAACGAGUUAUUAUAGUACUGGUCAUAAUAUAACAUAUUAUAUAAUAUCAUUUUCAGUGUUUUUGAUUAUUUUAAUAUUUUUGUAACUGUUGCAUACAAUCGUUUUGGUAACAGUUAUCAAAUCUGAACACAAUUUCAGGUAAUUGAUGUACAUGAGUUUCCGUUAAUCCGAGUUAAAUGUUUAAGUAUGGGUAGGGGAUGUAAACGGACUCAGUUACUCUAUCUCUGCGCAUAAAAAUAGUAGUCCUUUAACAACACACUCGUAUUCUGUAGUUUGGGAUAUCGCUACAUGAAACGCUCAAAUUAGUAUAGGAAUCACAAUGCUCUUUUUCACUCUAAACUCCGAUUUGAGUGCUCUAUGGGAAAUAAAAUAAUAAUUUUUUGUAACAAUUAAUGCGGCUAUCAUAUGGCUGUGUAAAACGGUUUUUUUUUUUAAUGUUUUUAAAGAGUUGGAACAUAUGACUGUAUAUGAUCGUUUGUAUUAGACGAUUUCAUUUUUUCACAAGCCAUGUGUCACACAUAAAGUAGUUUAUUUGUCAAGCAUCCAGAAAAUAUACAUACAUAUAUAAUAUAUAUAUAUAUUAUAUAUUUAUUAUAUAUGAACAGUGAACACGUUAGGAAUAACAAUACAUAACAGUUUCCGGGAUGAAUAAUUUAAAUGUUGACUUAACGUCUUUUAUUAUUAUGCAGACAGAAUCGUAAAAUCUUAUGUGUCGUGAUUUUCUAAACGAAUUCGUUAUAAAUUAUAAUUAUUAAAUUAUAAUAGGGAUUUCUGUUCUGUUUUUUUUUUCGAUCACAGGAACGGUAAACUAAUGGCGAUUGGAGAUCGUAUAGGUCUUCCAGAUGACGUGAGCGUUGGAUACGUUAUAGGUAUGAAUUUUACUUUUGUUUAAUAUCAUUGGCUACCGAGCUAUUUUUACCACAAUAUAUUAUAAUCGAUAGUUUCAUUAUUGUUUUAUUAAAUUUUUACAGAAUACUUGUUGAAAAUACAACUGACCAGAGUGGAACAAUUUCAUUCGCAUUUGGAACCAAUGAGACUUAUAAAAAAAGAUCUGUUUAACGAACAGGUAAUUAUUAAUUAAAAAUAUUGGAUUUAAUUAACGUUAAUUAUAACAACUAUAACAUAAUAUGGUAAUGAAUAAUGUCGUUGAUAUUACAGCUUACGUUUAGUUAUUCCUUGGACAACGAACCGAACACAGUGGAAGUCGAGGGAUUUAACGAGAUAACCGAUCCAACCAGGUAAGUUUUCGACAAUGUUUGCCUGAAUCAUUUUCAAAUUAUUUCAAUCUUAUUUAUGUCUAAACGGGAUGCGUGUUGCAAUGCGCAUACAAUAUUAUCGUUUUCAGAUUUCUCUCGUUGCAUUGUUUUUUGUUUCCCGAAUCUCCGUGCUGCUUCGAAAAAUGA